AUUCCUAGUGAUCCUCCCAUGAAUAACAGGUACACCAAGAUAUCUAAUAAGAUCAUUCGUUUCCUGUAUUCCCAGCUUCGUACAAAUGUUCUGCCUAGUGUUGGUUCUAACAUUCUUAGAGAAGAAAACACGAGAUUUUUCUUUACUAACAAGUUCACCAGAAACUAAGCAGAAAGAACUAAGGCAAUCAAGGACAACAUUAGCUUGUUCAGGGCAUGCAUGGAAGAAAAGCACAAGGUCAUUAGCAAAGAAAAGAUGGGUUAAGGCAAGACCAUUAGGAGAUAAACAAACCGGUUUCUAGUUCCCUUCCCUGUACUCUUUCAUAAUGCAGUGGCUCAGGCGUUCAAUGCAUAAAGUAAAGAGGUAGGGUGAGAGAGGGCAUCCCUGUCUUAAACCUCUUGAUGGCUUGAAGCUUUCAGUUUCUCCACCAUUCCAGAGGACCUAAAAGGAAGUUGUGGUUAGGGAUGACAACAAAACCUGAACCACGAGUACCAUACCCGACCCAACCCGGUCAAUGCGGGUAAAAUUCGUGUUGAUGGGUUUUGGGCCGGGUUCGGGUUUAAACUCGUGCGCUAUUCUUCGGGUUGGGUUUGGGUUUAGGUAAACCCGCCCCAUGGGUACCCGUCCACACCCAUAUAAUUAAUUUUUCCGGGAUAUUUAAUAUUCUAAACAACUAUUUUUUUUUUAUAUUUGUGGAGACAUGUCUAAUUUUUUCUUUCUAAUUGUGUAUAAUGAAAUUGAUAUUAUCGAAUGGGGAGUGAAGAAGCUUAAUUGACAAAGAGGAAAAAAAAUUUCAAUUAAUCAUGUUGUUUAUGGAUAAUUUGGGAUUUGCUUCAAUUUUAUUUAGUUUUCUAGAUUGGUGUUGAACAAUUUGUAUGGUUAAUUUGUGAUUUGCUUGAAUUUUCUAGAAUGAUGUUUUAUAUAUGGAUAAUUUGUAUUGAGCAAUUGAUAUUUGAAUUUUAUUUUGAUAGGAACUUGUUAUUGUAAAUUUUUUACGACAAAAACCCAUGGGUACCCAUCAACCAGCGGAUACCCAGCGGGUUGGAUUGGGUUUGAGUUUUUCAAACCCAGUGGGUUUUACCCCAAGUUUUUUUCACGGAUAAACCCAUUGGUUUGGGUUUGGUUUUGACAAAAUCCUACCCAUUGCCAUCCCUAGUUGUGGUGACACAGGCCAUGAUGAGUCUGACAAAAUCAAGUGGAAAACGAACAGCAAGGAAGGUUUCCUCCAUGAACUUCCAGUCGAUCCUAUCAUAGGCUUUGGUAAGAUCGACUUUCAGUAGCAUGUAGCCUUUCUUCCCUGUUUUCCUUGACAUGGAGUGCACUGUUUCCUGCAAGAUGAAGAUAUUAUCAGUUAUGUGCCUCUUAGGAACAAAACAAGAUUGGUUCUGAUGCACCAGACGAGGAUGGGGGCUUCUAAAUUCUGAAAAGUUAUGAAAGAGUGAGGAAUAACCAAAAGUGUGUACUAUAUUUCAUUAAUUUUUAUUUUUUGGUAUUUCAAUAUAUAUCGAUCCCAAUCCCGUAAUCCCGGACAACACUCCAAAAUGAAUAUCAAUCCCUAAAAAAUAAGCUGGUUGACACGCACGAAACUAUACCACAAAUUAAUCCCGACUAGAGUCCAUGUUUUUAAACUCUAGACGGGUGCACUAUAGAGCAAGUAUUGAAUGGAGUCUUGUGGCUUAGGUGGUUGUGAACCGCGGGGGUGAGCAACUAGUGAUCGAUUUGUCACGGAAUCAAAUCACUAGAGAACGAUUUGUCACGGGAUCGAUACACUCACCAAUUCUAGGGGAGCCGCUAGGAGGAUCAGCUAGUGAUCCAUUUGUCACGAGAUGGAUUCACUAGAGAUCUAUUUUGUCACGGAAUCGAUCCUCUCACUCAAUCUCUAGUGGUUGCCUAUGUCUCUCCCUCAAACCGGAGUUUGAGCGGUUUAAUCACAACCAAACUAGAUGCAAACUUGAGUCAAUGGUCUCUAAUCCAAUAUUGAGGUUCGCCCUAAAUUAACCUAGUUAGGAGACUUAAAAAGCCCUAGGGAUACCACUCGAUUGAGACUCCCUUGGAGGGAGGGGGGGGGGGGUUCCCUUCCUAAUCUAGGUUAAGUGCCUAAUUAGAUCGUUAAGCAUAAACAUGCACAAUCCUUAGGUUGCUAAGCACAAGCAUGCACAAUCCUUAGAUUUCUAAGCACCAAUCAUGCACAACCCUUAGAUGCUAAGCACAAACAUGCACAAUCAACAUGAAUAAUACCUCGAUCUUUGAAUUAAACAACACCCAUAAACAAUCAUUCAAUAUAAACAAGUAACUGCAAAGUAUUAGUUAGGGAUCUACAACACCCAAGAGAAAAGAGUGAGUUUCUAGAGAGAGAGAGAGGGGAGAUUAUAAAGAAACCUCCAGAUCUUCUUCCUCUUCUUCUUCUUCUUCUUCUUCUAGGCUUGAUUCCUAGCUUCCAAGCUUGAUCAAUGCCUCCAAUUAAGCUCCAAGAUCACUCCAUCUCUCACUAGAACUCCCCUUUGAUGUUUUGGGUUGAAACCCUAGAGAAACAAAGUGUUCCUUCUCCCAAAAGCCAGCUCCCCUUUUGUUCUCUCCGCUGUUGUCUUCAUAUUUGCCCGAAAACGAUCAGUUCACGGACGCGUUGACCAGUUCACGGCUGUGAACACCUAAACACGUUCGUGAACUCAGUCGUCUCCCAAACGCACCGCUUUGCUUCCUGGGUUCACAGUCAAUGGCCACAGUUCACGGUCUUAAAGACCGUGAACUGCUUUGUCGUCAGUAACUUCAGGAACCUCCCUGGACGGCUCAGUGUUCACGCUUUGUGGCCGAAGUUCACUGUCUUAGGAGACCGUGAACUACCUCGUCCGGCCGUGAACUGCGUUGUUUCCUCGACGCCUGCACUUCACUUUUACGGGGCAAUUGUCACGGUCUUCGGACUUUUCUUUGGUUUUUUGCACAUUUUGACCUCCAAUUAUCCCAAAAUUCAACCUCGACCCUUCCACACGUGCUAGGACCUGAAAUGUAUCAAACCAAGCAACCUAGCGUGAAAUAUGUCGAGUAACGAUGAAAUACUAAGCUAAACGAAUAAGAAAUGAGGGGUAAAAUGUGUACAUUUGAGCACGAAUCACUAGUAUUCGCUAAUACCAAAUAACGAUAAAUUCAGUACGGUAUUCAGUAUAUCCCAAAUAUCAGUACCCAACUUCGAGCUCCAGAAAGAAUUAGCAAUGCAUAUUGAAUCAAGUUGUUACCGUAACAAAUUUUAAUAGUUUGUCAUGCCCAGUUUUUACUCUUUGUUUGUCUCUGCUGGUUUGCCGGGGAUUUGUAUUCUUUAGGGGCAAUUACUGAAAGGCUUUUACCUUUUUUCUUUUUCUUAAUUAAUAAAAUGUUUAUUACCAUUACACAAAAAAAAAAAAAACAAACAAACAAGGGACCAACCUUUGAUAAACUUGAUGUUAUCAUUGAAGACUCUGUUUGCUCGUCUGGCCGUGUAGUGUGAGGGGCGGAUAAGUUCUAUUGGUCUUGGGUUCCUGCCUUCUGGCACGAGUAAAUUCCCAAUUGCUAUCUCGCAGAGUUGCUAGCGGCUAAAGACGCCAUCUCAUUUGCGAUCUCAUGCAAUCUAUCUCGUCUUUUCAUAGAAUGCGAUGUUGAAAUGGUGAUUAAAAAACUUGUCCUGAAGGUGGUUAAAAAUUUGCUGGUCAAUUCCAUGAUUUGUGAGUGUCAUCCGUCUUUCGAAAUCGAAUUCUCAUUGUAUAAUUUUUAGAACGGUUUUGCAAAUUGCCAACCGAACAGUCCAUAAAAUUGCACAUAAAACUCUGUUACCGUCUUCUUAUCAUUAGUUGAAAGAAGAAAGAAAUAACAAGUGACCGACAUUUUCCACUUGCCCACUGGCCACUACAUUCAUUCUUGGCUUAGCCCUAAAUCUCAAUUAUGAAUUAUUUAACUUUCCAGCCACCCCAUGAGGCCUUCCUUUCACACAGUCACACUUGUCUUUUUGUCUUCCACCACUGCUUAUAUUAAAAAAGAACCCAAAACCAUCUCCUUUUUCAUCAGAAAACAGGGGACAAAAGAAGCAAAACUGAGAGCAAUCCAGCUACUCUCUCUAGCCGUCGACAGUGCUUCUUCACCGCCGAAUAGAUAGAUAGGCGCCAGGAAAUAGAGAAAGUUACCAAAACACCCUUAGAUUAACCAGAGUCUUUGUAUUUCCUCCGAUCUAAGUAAAUCUAACAGCUCAGAAUCAACUGCCUGCAAAUCCGUCUACCCAUUCCAAUGCACGGGAUCCCUUCCCGCUAGAGCUGGCUGGCAGAGUGGCAGUCACUUAAAGCCAGAAGCUUCUCACUUAAAUUUUUUUUUUUUGUUUAAUUUUGUACCAUAUCUCUUCGUCGUCAAGCUCAGUAAAAGACUGAAACAAUCAAUUCCGCACCAUACUCCAGGCAGCCAUGGCUACCACAACAAGCCUCUCCUUCCUCUUCUUCUCCUUCCUCCUCCUUUCAGCCGACAUUUCGUCGGCCCAACAGACUAAUGGGUCAAGCAAGAUCAAGACCAUCGUAGUCCUGGUAAUGGAGAACAGAUCCUUCGACCACAUGCUGGGCUGGAUGAAGAAAUCCAUCAACCCUCUAAUCAACGGCGUCACCGGAUCCGAAUGCAACCCUCUCAACGCCACCGCUUCCCCCUCCACAAUCUGCUUCACCGACGACGCCCAAUUCGUGGAUCCUGAUCCGGGUCACUCCUUCGAGGAAGUCCUCCAGCAGGUCUUCGGAUCCGGGUCGAUCCCUUCCAUGUCCGGGUUCGUCCAGCAAGCCCUCUCCCUUUCCCCAAAUCUCUCCCAAGCCGUGAUGAAAGGGUUCAGCCCCGAUUCCCUGCCGGUCUACUCAACCCUCGUCGACGAAUUCGCCGUAUUCGACCGGUGGUUCUCUUCGAUCCCGGGCCCGACCCAGCCCAACCGGCUCUUCGUCUACUCGGCCACCUCCCACGGUUCGACCAGCCACGUGGCCAAGCAGCUCGCCCUGGGCUACCCGCAGAAGACCAUCUUCGAUUCGCUCCACGACGACGGCAGGAGCUUCGGCGUCUACUUUCAGAACAUCCCCACCACGCUAUUUUUCCGGAACUUGAGGAGAUUGAAGUACGUUUUCAAUUUCCACCCGUUCGAUUCGGCGUUUAAGAGAGAUGCCAAGGCCGGGAAGCUCCCGAAUCUGGCCGUGAUUGAGCCCAGGUACUUCGAUUUCCCCGGGUUCCCUGGGAACGACGACCACCCUUCCCACGACGUCGCCGACGGGCAGAAGCUGGUGAAGGAAGUCUACGAGAGCUUGAGGAGCAGCCCGCAGUGGAACGAGACGCUGCUGUUGAUUACCUACGAUGAGCACGGCGGGUUCUACGACCAUGUUCGGACCCCUUUUGUCGGCGUGCCUAACCCGGAUGGGAAUACGGGUCCUGCACCGUUUUUCUUUAACUUCGACCGGCUUGGGGUUCGGGUGCCCACCAUUAUGGUCUCGCCUUGGAUCAAGAAACGAACCGUGAUGAGCCGGCCCAACGGGCCAGAGCCCAGCUCGGAGUUCGAGCACUCUUCGAUUCCGGCAACCAUAAAGAAAUUGUUCAAUCUGUCAUCCAACUUCUUAACACACAGGGAUGCGUGGGCCGGCACAUUUGAAGGCCUCUUUGACGAGUUAACCUCUCCUAGAACUGAUUGCCCCGAGACAUUGCCAGAUGUGGGUCCGGUGAGAAGGACGGCGGUGAAAGAGAGGGAAAUGGGGAAGAAGCUGUCACAAUUCCAGAGCGAGGUGGUUCAGCUGGCGGCGGUGCUUAACGGCGAUCACUUCUUGAGCAGCUUUCCGGGUGAAAUGAGCAAGAAAAUGAACGUCGAGGAAGCUCAUGAAUACGUGAAAGGUGCAGUGACUAGGUUUAUAAGAGCGAGCAAAGAAGCGAUUAAGUUGGGAGCACAUGAAUCUGCCAUUGUAGAUAUGAGGUCCUCCCUCACAACUAGAUCUUUUGGUCGCAAUUAAUAAACAAACCAAAGCGUAAAAAGAAAAGAAGUUACCGUUUCAAAAUUUUGGUACUAAAGAUGGGAAAUAGGUUUCCCAAUGUUUUGAGAAAUUGAUCCAAGAACAACGAGAUGGGUUUUAACCAAGGGCAUCAGACUUGAUUUUCCCGACUGACUCUAUUUUUUAAUAGAGUCGAGAGUUAAUUGGUCGAAUCCACGGCUCAGUCACAACAUAAAGCAGCAAAUUGUAGCUACAAUCACAAUGGGUCAAUGUCUCAUCCACUGCUUACUAGUAUAAAAAUUUUUUGUCACUAAUCACAGUUACACGUAUUAGACUAAUCAAAUCCAACAACUUCUGCUUAGCUACUGCUUCUACUAAAAAACUUAUUUUUUA